CCCAGCCACAGUGUCGGAGAGGUACAAUGAAUUUAUAGUUUACUGGUGCAGUUCAUUAUGGCGGAAAAGAUGAAGUUUAGUUUUAGUUAUAUCUGUGUAUUUUUAAUCCUCUGUUUGUGGAGUGAAGUGAACGCAAAAUGUGUGAUGCGCGGUGAAUGUUACGAGGUCGGUGGUUUCGCUAAAAUUUGUCCUGUAGACGAAGAAGCUUCAUCUCUGUUUGAUGGUUUAGAUGAAGAGGAAAUGGAACAAACCCUUGCUAUAGUUCGCCGUAGGUGUCCACACAUAUUACUCGAUGAUGAAGGAAACGAGAAGGAGUUCAGGGAUGUUAUGACUUGCUGCGAUCACAAACAAUUGGAAAAAAUGGCUGAUAACCUACUGAUGGCUGAUGGAGUACUAGGCCGAUGUCCAUCUUGCGUCAGGAAUUUCGCCAGGCAAAUUUGUGAAAUGAACUGCUCUCCAGACCAAGACCGUUUUGUUGAAGUAGUACGCAUCGAAUAUGGGACCAAUGAUACGGCAUAUGUAAAUGAAGCAAAUUACAGAGUUCACGAGGACUUUAUGCUUGGCGCUUACACUGCAUGCUCCGGUGUACUUGUCCCUCAAACAGGAUUACCUGCCAUUAACAUGAUGUGUGGUAACGCACCCGUGUGUGAUGCUCAAGCCUGGUUCAGUUUCACCGGUGACACUGCCACGAAUCCUUUGGCACCUGUUCAAAUCAACUUUUUGAAGACUACAACGGAGUAUAAUUCAAUGAACGCUCCCAUAUUACCAUGUAACGAGUCUUAUUUGGAUGACGUUCCUUGCAGCUGCAUAGAUUGUAUGGCUCAGUGCCCCGUUGGAAAUGAACCAAUUAUUCCCGAAAGGUGCACAGUACUUUCUGUAGAUUGUAUAGCUUUCUCGGUCGGAUUAGUAUUCCUAAUACUUUCAAUUGCCAUAUUUGCAUUUAUGGCUGUCUCCCGUUCAGACAUUAAAGUGACAGACUCUAAACAAAAUGAAAAAGUAAUACGACCUAAUAUUAUGACUAGACUAUUUGAAUCAGUGUUUUCACAUAUAGGCUCGAUGGCCUCUACACAUCACUUAUUGAUGAUUAUGAUUACUACUUGGAUUGUAUUUGGAAUGUCUUUUGGUGUAAUGAAUCUUAAAAUUUCAUCAAAACCUUUGGAACUUUGGUCUGAACCUGAAUCUCGAAGUCGUCACGAGUUAGAGUACUUUAACUCUCGAUUUGGUCCCUUCUAUCGAGCUGCUCAAGUGUUUUUAACAAUAAACAAAGAGCCAUUUGAAGUAGAUGGCAAUAUUUAUGGACCAGCUUUUAGGUUUGAAGCUAUUGAGGAACUGGUGUCCCUUGAAAACGAAAUUCUAAAUAUAGGGAGAGAUACAGGUGGUGUUACAUUGGAACAGGUAUGUUAUGCUCCCUUACGAGUUCGGGGUGGUGAACAGAGACUUGAUCAAUGUGUUUCCAUGUCUGCAGUAACCUAUCUUGGUGGCCAAUUGAACAACGAAACAUACUUAAAUUCAAUACAAAAUUGUCUUAAUAAUUUCUACUCUUUCGAUUGUUUGGCAUCAUGGGGUGGAGGUGCAGAACCUGAAAUCACAUUUGGAGGAUAUGAAGAUAACGUUUAUGAUGCGAAUACACUUCUAAUUAAUUUCCCUAUAGCCAAUCAUCUUUUAGAGGAAAAUCUUGCACCAGUUUUAGAAUGGGAAUUGAGAUUAAUAGAAUUAUUACAAGAAUAUGAAAUGAAUAGGAAACCAGAUUUUAUAGAUCUUGCAUAUGGUGCAGAAAGAUCUAUAGAAGACGAAAUUGAACGCGUGUCUGUAGCAGAAGCGGUGCCCAUAGCGAUUAGUUAUGUACUUAUGUUUGCUUAUGUUACAGUUGCAUUGGGUAAUGUUAGAAACUGCAAAACGUGGUUGAUUGAUAGUAAAGUAACAGUAGCUGUCGGUAGUAUAUUGGUAGUAGUAGCGGCUGUUUUCUGCGGUAUGGGUGUUAUGGGUUAUGCACAAGUGACAUUGACAUUACUUGCUAUUAAUGUAAUACCAUUUUUCGUAUUGUCUGUGGGCAUUGAUAAUGUUUUCUUAAUGGUAAACACAUUACACGACAUAGAAAAUAACUUAAAAUCCUAUAGCGAUUAUAAUGAGAAUUUCAGUUUCAAUCGUAAAAGAAAAUUUAUAUUUAUGAAAAUGAUGGGUAAAGUUGGUCCUUCAAUAUUUGUUACAGCAAUUACUCAAAUAACCUGUUUUGCUAUUGGGACGUUAACAAAUUUUCCUGCGGUUAGAUCGUUUGCCAUAUUUGCCACUUUUUCAAUGGGUUUUCUAUUUAUAUUCCAAAUAACUACUGUAAUCGCUAUUUUGUCAAUGAAUUACAAACGCGAAAGUCAAAACAGGAUUGAUAUUGUUUGUUGUAUUCAGAAAAAAAUCUUAAAUGAUGAUGAUCCACUACACUCUGAAGCCCCUUACGAAAGUAUUACCAAAAGGUUGAUGGAACCUUACGCUAAAUUCCUUCUCCGUUGGCGAGUGAAGUUUAUUGUAGCUGUUCUGUUUAUGGUUAUGGUAUUUUGUAGCGUACUCAUGAUUCCAGGGUUAGAAGUCGGUUUAGAUCAAGAAUUAGCAUUACCUCGCGACUCCUACGUAUACAAAUAUUUACAAGCUGUCAACAAUUUGAUGAAAAUAGGGCCACCAGUCUUUUUUAUUGUCAAAGGCGGGUUGAAUUACAGUAAUGUUGACCAUCAGAACGUUAUCUGCGGUGGUCAAUUAUGUCACGAAGAUUCUCUGGCAACGCAAAUAUUUUUAUCAGUUCAACAUAGUGAUAUAACUUAUAUGGCUAAAAGUUCCAAUUCCUGGUUAGACGAUUUUUUUGAUUGGUCAGGUUUAUACGGUGCAUGUUGUAAAUAUAACACGACUGACGGUAGCUUCUGUUCUAGUGUAGAUUUAUCACCCGAAUGUCAAUAUUGUCAAAUCGAAAGAAACGAAUGGGCUAAUGGUUUAAGGCCAGGACAUGAAGCUUUCAAUAGAUACAUACCAUUUUUCUUAAAUGAUGCUCCCACUGAAAUAUGCAAUAAAGGUGGUUUAGCUAGUUAUUUUAAUAAUGUCAUUUAUGUUUUAGACUCUGAAGGACACGCUACUGUGCUCGACAGUAAUUUUAUGGCCUUUCAUAGUACUUUAGUGACGUCUCAGGACUACAUAUCGGCUGUAUAUUACGGUUAUGAGAUUAGUGAAAAUAUAACAAAAGCUAUAAAAAAUCAUACCGGUCUAGACAUUGAAGUAUUUCCAUAUUCUGUCUUUUAUGUGUAUUAUGAGCAAUAUCUAACAAUGUGGCGUGAUGCCUUCAUGUCUUUAGGAUUUUGUAUCCUUGGCGCUUUCGUUUUCAAUUUAUUGGCUUCGGGCUUCAAUUUUUUGACCACAAUAUGCGUAAUAUUCACCACCGUUUUGAUUCUCUUGAACUUGAUGGGCGUCAUGUACAUUUGGAACAUUCCAUUGAAUGCUGUUUCGCUUAUUAAUCUCAUAGUGGCUAUAGCGAUAGGUGUAGAGUUUUGUAGUCAUAUUGGACAUGCGUUUGCAACAAGUAAUGCGCCUCGCAGUGACCGAGUCGAGGACGCCAUAAAGAAAGUCGGUUCCACUAUCAUUACUGGCAUAACGUUCACCAACAUUCCUGUAAUCGUCCUAGCGUUUUCCUAUACUGAAAUAAUAGAAGUCUUUUUCUUUAGAAUGUUCUUCAGUUUGGUCAUUUUAGGUUUUAUCCAUGGCAUGAUCUUCUUUCCUGUUCUAUUGAGUUAUGCAAACAAUUUGACACAGAGCAAUAAAAAGAAACCAAUAACACCAAAUGUACAAGAACCGAUUGCAAAGCAGACAGAAUGUGAGGAUCCCGACGUGGAGGUUAAACAUUUGUGAAUCAACAUUAAUGUUAUUUAAUUAUCUGUAAUCUGACUGCAUAUAAUUACUGAAAAUAGUUCUGAUUCAACAGUUUUAAUUUAUACUAGCUUUUGCCCACGGCUUCGCUUGCGUUAAUUUAUCCCCUUAGGGGUGGAA